AUGCUGCGGAUCGCCCGGAGUCGGCCGCUGCUGCGCCUCUUCUCGACCGAGGCCAAGAAGCGCAAGGUCAAGGUCGCGCUCGUGAGCGGCUACCUUGGCACGGGCUACCAUGGCGUGCAGCUGCAGGACACCAAUGGCGUUCCAACCGUCGAGAACGAAGUGCGCGCUGCGCUCUUCAAGGCCGGCUGCAUCCUCGAGUCCAACCUUGCCGACCUCUCCAAGAUCGGCUGGUCGCGCAGUAGCCGUACCGACAAGGGUGUCCACGCGAGCUGCAUUGUCUUUUCCGCCAAGCUGCUCGUCGACAGCGACAGCAUCGACGAGACGAACGGUCGGCUGCGUGGCCUGCCCGAGGCCAUCAACGCGCACCUGCCGCCGUCGAUCCGCAUGUUCACCGCCACCAAGGUGCACCAGUCGUUCCGCGCCCGCGAAGACUGCACGCUGCGCGAGUACGAGUACUUUUUGCCGCUCUCGUUUCUUGCGCCGCUCGCGACCAACGGGCAGUCGGUCGACGCGAUGGCCGACACGAUCCUCGCCACGCUGCCGCGCUACGAAGGCAUCUUUGACUUUCACAACUUUACCAAGCAGCGCGGGUCCUUCUACAAGGAGAAGGACCGCCGCGUCGCCAAGCGCAUGGCCAAGGACGCCAUGAGCGACGACGACGAGGUGCUCGAGGACGACGACGACGACGACGAUCUCGCGGUGCCCAAUGAUAUUUCCAUCGAGAAUGGCACGCGGCGGUCACUGCAGCGCCAUCGCCGCACGAUCUACCGCUGCCGCGGGUCGCUCAUCACGGACUUUCAUGGGAGCCCGUACCUGCGCGUGCACUUGACAGGCGCCUCGUUCCUCCUCAACCAGAUCCGCUGCAUGGUCGGCGCGGCCAUUGCCGUCGCGACCGGCCAUCUCUCGCCCAUGAUGUUUGACGCGGCGCUUGAAACCACUCAGAUCGUCCGUGUGCCGACCGCGCCGGCCGAGGGCUUGGUGCUCUCGAGCUGCGCGCUCGGCGGGAAGCGGCCGCUCAUCUCGCUCGUCCACGAUCACAACACUCCUUCCGCGCUCGAAAUGAAGAAGUUUGAGGCGCCGCACCGCAUUCUGCUCACGUCGACCGAGUGCGACGCGCUGGGCGCCUUUCGCCAUGAUGUCAUCUACAAGGAGGUCGACCGUGCAUGGAAGACGAGCGAGGCGGUCGCCAAGUGGCCGAGCACGCUCGCCAUCUUCCACGAACGCUUCCUCGAGCAGCAAGCGCAUCUGCCUGUGCUCCAAGCUGCCGUCGCCGCGCUGCGCCAAAACGACGCCGAGAAGCUUGCCGCGAGUAUGCGUGUCGUUCAGCAGGCGCGCCGCGACGAAGACCCGAUCCGGUGCCUUCCGCGGGCCUUCUCGACAUCGCUAAGUAUUCGGUUUGGCCUAACCCCAGGCAACUACGUCACGGACAUUCUUAUUGCCGUCAAGCAGAGCGUGCUGAGUGGCGUCGUGCCCGUGGACGCUACGGAAGAGGACUUGCUCGCGUUUGUCGACGACGUGGGCGUCGACAAGCUCGCAGCCCGCGGCCAGCGCAUCCGACUGCGUCAAGGAUAG